AUGGAAUUCAAUAAACCUUUAUUUUUAUAAAUAAUGAAUGAACAGAAAUACAAUAUAAAGACGUUAUAAUCAAUUUAUAAAGAAUUACUUGAAGAACUAUUUAUUAUAGCUACUUAUCAUUCAAGAAUUGAAAAGUCUUAUGAUAGAACUAAAAAGGAAGUUGAAUAUAAUUUGAAUAAGAUUUUUAAUGAAUUAUUUAUUGAAAUUGAAUUAAUCUAAAAAUAAAAGUAAAUAUCUCAAACUGUAUUUGAUUAAUUAACAAAUAUUUUAAAAACUUCAAAUAUAAAGAAAAAAAGAAAUAUGUAUCUUUAAGAGUGGAAAGGAGUAGAAUGA